CCCAACGCACCCCACGAACGAGAGAUUCUCCUCAAUUUAUCUCAACCAGAGCCUAUCCCAAUUCGACAACUCACCGGCGAGGAUGGGCGGUGCGGCGGCGGUGAUAUUCACCUACGGGACGCUGAAGAAAGGCUUCUCCAACCACGGCCUCCUCCAAGACAUGAUGUCCACCGGCGACGCCUCCUUUCUCGGCCAUCACAGAACCGUGGAGCGCUUCCCCCUCGUUUGCGGCCCCUACAGGGUUCCGUUCCUGCUCAACUUCCCGGGCUCCGGCCACCACGUGCUCGGCGAGCUCUACGCCGUCUCGGAGCGGGGCCUCGCGCGGAUGGACGAGCUGGAGGGCACCGACCGCGGUCACUACGAGAGGCUGCCCCUGAAGGUGGAGUCCGCCGGAGAUGAGGAGGAUGUAAAGGAAUGGAGAUGGGUGGAGGCGUAUUACGCGCACGCGAGCUACGCGGCGGAGAUGUGGGAGAGAUCGGCGGAGGCGGAGGGGGCAUUCGGGAGCUACACAGAGAAAGAGGCGGAGGGGUACGUGAAGCGCAGCUGCCGGCCGGCGAACCUCUCCUUCCUGGACCAUAUUCAGAUCUACCUCCAUUCUCCUCCGUGCUAGCUAAUAACUCCAUUUCUCUCCACCGCGCGCGCCGUUCAUCGAUCCACCAUAUUCCGAUCAUGCAUUAAUUCCUUUCAUCAAUGUCGGAGUGUCUGCCAUGGCGAUUCGAUUUUGCAUCAUUAAUGUUAUACUGAGUAGGACCUUGUUACGUACGUGUCUCUCUCUCUCUCUCUAUCCCUCUACUUCCUGUGUUUUCUGUUUCAUGGCCGGUAGUCCCAGCGGAGAAUUCAAUGCAACUGCUCUUUCAAAGUUUUUUUA